ACUCUACAUACAUUACUCAACAUGUCUCCUCCAACAGUCUCUCUAAAGCUGCAAGUUUCGAGAGUUAAAGGAGCGCUCCAGGCAUUUCCUGAGUAUUCAACAUGUUAGGUUCUUGGAGGCACAAGUGUUUGCUCUUCACUCUUCUUGCUUUCCUUCUUCUUUCAGAAGCAUCAAGACUGCCAAAGGAAUAUUGGGAACAGAUGCUGCCAAAGAAGCUUCCCUCUCCUUCCUCAGCUCCCUCAAAAGGCACCAAUUCUUUAACUACAUCAUCCUCCUCCACAGCCUGGAAGGCCAAUAGAGACCUCCCUUCAUCAGAUGGAAAGUCUUGUAGAUUUGCUUCACUUGUUCAGCAGAUCAUAGUGAUCUCUUGUAAAGAUAGUUGCAUUCAUCAUGAGCACAACAAGUUUACAGAAGGUAAUUAUUUCAGGAUGGAGAGGAUUAAACAGCCAGAACUUAAUGGAUAUACUUCUACACUCCCAGAGGGGAACUGCUGGCAACGACACUAACAAAUCACUUACCAUGGUGAUAAUCAUUUUAUUCUUCAAUGUAAUGUCUCUUAUAACCUGUAAUUUCUUCAAAAAAACAAAAAAGAAAUAAAUGAAUCAAUGUUUGGUAA